AUGUGUGCGUCUCGGCUGGUGUUGCUGCUGGGGCUGCUUCUGUGUGUAGGGGCGCAGCUGUCCAACGCCCAGCACUGGUCCCAUGGUUGGUACCCUGGAGGCAAGAGGGAGCUGGAUUCAUUUGCCGCCUCAGAGAUUUCAGAGGAAAUUAAGUUGUGCGAGGCAGGGGAAUGCAGCUACUUGAGGCCCCAGCGGAGGAGCAUUUUGAGAAACAUUCUUCUGGAUGCUUUAGCCAGAGAGCUCCAGAAGAGAAAGUGA